UGAAUGAAGAUGAACACAGUACUGUCCACCGCGUAGGUAGCCAAAAAUCAUUCAGGCCUUUACUAACAUAAGGCAGAGCCUGCAAAAUGCCUAUACAACGAAGAGCGAAUGCGAAAUCAACUGACAAUAACGGGAUUGAAAAAAAAAUUAAAAGGGGAAAUGCUCACCGACAGGCCUCUUUUUGGAAAGGGCCCCGGAGUUUUCUACUGGUUUUGAUAGCUUUUGUGGCAUGUGGUGGAGCGGGCUGGCUGUACUUCAGCUUUGACAGUGACAUCACAGAGACCCUUGUCCGGCAAGGUGAGGUCGUCCAGCAGCCAAGGGUUUUCAAGGUCCAGUGCUCUGAGGAUUAUGACAGUUACAAGCGCUACCCAGGUUGUACCCCCCAGACUUGUGGACGAGCCGUGACAGACAAUGUAGUCACCCGUGAGGAGGCCGGGGGACUUAGGAGGUUGGCAGACAGGGGGAUGGCACUGGCGGGGUCUGAUGGAGGUGCUUCCAUUUUGGAUUUACAUUCUGGGGCCCUGUCAAUGGGGAAGCAGUUUGUGAACAUCUACAGGUAUUUUGGGGAGCAGAUAAAGGAAGUAUUUUCUGAGGAGGACUUCCAGCUCUACCGGGCAGUGCGAGCGAGGAUUCAGGGGGUGAUAGCAGAGACGUUUGGACUGGACCCCGCCCGCAUGUACCUCACCAAGCCCACCUUCUUCUCCCGCAUCAAUAGCACCGAGGCCAAGACCACUCAUGAUGAAUACUGGCAUCCACACAUCGACAAGGUGACGUAUGGCUCCUUUGACUACACGUCAUUGCUGUACCUGUCAGACUAUGGCAGUGACUUCGGUGGGGGGCGCUUUAUCUUCAUGGACACAGAUGGUAACCGAACUGUGGAGCCUCGUGCAGGUCGGGUGUCUUUCUUCUCGUCUGGAUCGGAGAACCUCCACCGUGUCGAAAAAGUCAGGUGGGGCACACGCUUCGCCAUCACCGUUUCCUUCACAUGCGACCCGGCCCAUGCGAUCACCGACCCAGCCCUGCCUUAGGCGUGCUCAGGGUCACACACUGCCCCUUGCUGGCUGGGAGGACUUCCUGGAGAACAGGCACAGAGCAUGGGCAAAAGAAAGGAGGUAUACUGGUUAAUACUGAUGAGUGGCGCCAAUACAGGCAGUACAUUUUUUGUUGUCUUUGUUAAUAAAAAGAAAAUGCAGAGUAAACG